AUGAGUAAGAUUUCGAAGUUUUUGAAGGGGGGGGGCUCGGCCUCCUCCAAGAGCCGCGGGGGGCCCACGCCGCAGGAGGCCCUGGCCCGCCUGCGGGAGACGGAGGAGAUGCUCAGCAAGAAGCAGGAGUACCUGGAGACGAGGAUCGAGCGAGAGUUGGCGGCAGCCCGGCAGUACGGCACCAAGAACAAGCGAGCUGCCUUACAAGCACUGAAGAGGAAAAAAAGAUACGAAAAACAAUUGAGUCAAAUUGAUGGGACACUGUCGACCAUUGAGUUCCAGAGAGAGGCGCUGGAAAAUUCCCACACCAACACAGAAGUGCUCAAGAACAUGGGUUAUGCUGCACAAGCUAUGAAAAAAGUGCAUGAAAACAUGGACUUGAACAAAAUUGAUGAUUUGAUGCAAGAUAUCACUGAACAGCAAGAUGUUGCCCAGGAAAUUUCAGAUGCUAUCUCAAACCGAGCUGGCUUUGGUGAUGAGUUUGAUGAGGAUGAGCUGAUGGCAGAAUUAGAAGAACUGGAGCAAGAAGAAUUGAACAAAGGAAUGAGAAACAUCAGACUGCCAAGUGUUCCGUCCACGUCGCUGCCUUCACGCCCGGGUAAGCUGCUCGCUUGCCAUUCUACCUUUCUCAGGAUCAAGGCAGUAUCGACUAGGAAGAGGGCAGAGGAUGAAGAUGAAAUGAAGAAGCUGGCUGCCUGGGCUUCAUAA